AGAUAAGACACAAGCUGUGCAAACAAACUCUGCGGAUAUAUAUACUAAUAGGCUAGCAUCUAUUUGCGUUCUAAAGACCAUGUUUCCACGGGCUUAGGGUUCAGCUGGGACCGCCUUCUUGUCACGCAACUGCCCGUACUGAGUCGAAACAAAGUCGUUUGCUUUAAACCGUGUUACAACGUGAAGCGGUACUACUUGGAAAAAUUAUACUUAAUGAUAACAAAGCUCAAAGGUCGUGACGGAUUCGCUCCGAACGUACGGUGACGUAAACGUCUGUCGAGCCUGCUAGUCCCGUCUUAAUAGCUUCGAAUUGGACGUAGACGAUAAGCUCAUAGCGCGGCAUUUUCUGUUGUUUCCAUCGAAACGUGCAUGGUCACUACUUUUCUGCAGACGACCCCCUUGUGCGUUCCAUGGAAAUGUGCAGUACAAGAGUCGCACAUAUCAACCAUGGCGCAGUAUUAGGUACGCAGGAACUGAACCCACAACCCGUUGAAUCCAGUCUACUUAUUGUGAUGCUGUUUAUCCUGUUUCUCGUGCUGACCAUGGACGCUCUCAUAAUCGUGCGGCAUUACACGUUCCGCGAUGCCUUCGUCUGUAACGAUUACUCGCCUUGUGUCUGUGAAAUUUACGAACCCUACGGAUUGGUUGUGCAUUGCGGAGACGCUGUGAACGCAAAGUUAUCCGUCACGGUUCUCGACGUUCGCAAAGCUUUAAAUAGCACAAAGGUUAGACAUAUUUAUUGGCUUGAUUUGGUCUCCUUGUCUACAGAGAGCCAAUCUAGCGACAUCAUCAACAUACCAGCCGAUUUGCUGAAUGGCAAAAGCGUCGAUCGAAUCGCCAUCAAUUGUUCCUCGAUUGCUGGCCCUCUGCGCUUGGAAAUCCAUCCGGACGCUUUCCGAUCAUCGCUCCAACACAUCGGACAUUUUGAAGUAGCCGGAUGCGACCUUAGCCGGCUGGAUUUCGAUUUCUUGGCCAAUAGUAGUCGACUAAUGAGUUUGAGUAUUACUCGCUCCAUUCAUUUUCGAGGAUUCCCACCGAUGGCUUUUCUCGCCCGUCUCACAUCGUUGAGAGUUUACGAAUGCCUUGAUUUUCAGUACUGGAAUCAAAUUGCCGAUCGACUGCCUCUGUUGGAAUCUCUUUUCUUGGACGGAACUCAGCUAGGAGACCGUUCUGUGAAUAAACUAGUCAAUUCGAUUGCUUCAUCGCCAACUGGAAACGAAACUCUGCAACAACUGAGUUUAUGGGAAAAUCGAUUGACGCGUGUCCCAGACGGCGUCAGUUCUUUCAAGAAGUUGAGCUACGUCAAUUUUUUCGGAAAUGCCAUCCGCACAAUUCCUAGAGGUUCACUCGCCUUUAGUCAAGACGUUCGCGUCACGUUCCUUAUCUUGUCUAAAAAUGAGCUGACGGACAUCGAGCCAGGGGCUUUCCAGGGCGAUUUCACUGAAGCUCUCGUUUAUCUCGACUUCAAUCGGCUGACUCGAUUCGAUUCGGCCGUUUACGAAGACAUGCUGCAACAGAUGAGCUACGUGACGUCCACCGCUGGCCUUUACGUCCACAACAAUAUACCAUUUGAACAGAUUCUUUCGUCUGUGACGAUUGCCAUCUCUCGUGGUUGAUUCGAGACAAGCGAUACCUUUUGAAACGCGUGCACAACGGCAGGUGUUCCAACGGUACGCAGUUUGAGAAUCUCAAUCCUCGCGGCUAUGACCAUUGCCUGCCGUGAUCUGAAAAGAACACUGUCGUUCAGCUCUACAGCAGCCAGAGUUCCAACUUGCGGUACACAAUUCAAAUACUCAUCGUAGAGAAUAAUGGACAUCAUUCUUCUUUUCCUUAGACUUUUGAAAGUGUAUUGCAAAAAAAAAAACGCUUUCGUUUUUAAUAUACAGCUGCCGACAGUUGGCAUGUUGAUCUCUUAAAUUAUAAUACACUUGUAUUUAAUUUUA